CGAAAAAAAAACACUUAAUUGCAAUGGACGAGAACCUGUGCCGUGAAUUGCUGGCAAACCUGCAGCUGGAGCAAACGCGCAAUAAUGCUUUAACCGAAAUCAAAAGCACACUGAUUGCCACCAACAACUCGGAACUGUCGCAGAAUUUCCUCAAAUCACCGGAGCUGCUGAAGUGUCUCGAAAGUGCGAACAGUGAGCAAACCCUGCUGGUUAAUGACAUUUUAUCGAUGUGCAUGAGUAACCUUUCGAUCGACGAACCAGCCGAGGUUAAGAACGUAAUUGAAAAAUCGUUGAGUCACACCAACCCAAAAGUGCAAUCGUUUGGUUUGCGCGAGCUACGCCGUCUGCUGUCGACGCAACCCGACUCGUUUGCCAACGAAACCGUAGUCCUGCUGGUUAUCCAGUGCCUUGCAUCGGAUGAAACCAGCGUCGGAACACCGUCGAUUGAUCUACUCGUACAGUUGCUGCCACGGUUCGUGAAUCUGCGAAGCGUUCAAAAGAACCUAGAGAAUGUACUGAUAAAAAAGGAUAUCGUUCGCUGUCGGCUCUAUGAGGUGGCGGUUAAAGUUGGCGGUCAAUCACCAGCCUUGUUGGAUUCGAUGGACAAACUGUUGCAAAGAUCCGUUCAAGAAUUGGAAGGAGAAGAUAUCCUUUUGCAGUUAAAUGUACUACAAGUGCUAUCCGAACUGGCUCUUAGCGAACACGGAAUGGCUUAUCUGGAAAAUAACGGAAUAUUUGAUAAUCUGAUGCGUAAAAUUAACCGACUAGAUGAAGAUCCAGUAGCUGCCAUCCUGAUUCCAGGCUUGAUGAGGUUCUACGGAAGUAUUGCCGCCAUUCAUCCGGCAAAAAUUUACGAAGGUUAUCCGAAGAUCAUUAGUUUACUGUUCGAUUGUUUGCUGUCCGAAGAUUUGUCGAUUUUGCCGGUUGCAUUCGACACUCUAGGUUACAUCGCCCACCCGAGCGAAGGCAAACGUCAGCUUCAUUACAAACACGGUGCGCUGUUGAAAAAAUCCUUAAAGCAUUUUCACACCAACAUAAGGAAUUUACCGAACGAACUGAAGCUUCGACUGUUGAGUUGUCUUCAGUUACUGUUCACUAUCGACACAAGUGUCGCCGAUAAUCAAAUAACAACAAUAACACAGACCUGGUACGAUUAUUUGACGGAGGAAGAAAACCUUAACCUGGUAAUGGAUUACAUACGCAAUCCUUUUCCGGACAUGAGACGAUCGGCACUGGCUCUUCUGAAGGCAAUCGUGAGUCAUCGAUGGGGUCAGACCUAUAUGCUGAACACUGGUGGUUUCCUCGAGUACAUGCUGGAUCGGAAGCAGGAAAACGACAAGGACGUUAUAUUGGAUAAGUACGAAAUCAUUCAACUGCUGGCAACUUCAACCGUUUUUGAUCAACAAACACAGGCCGAAUUAAAGCAAUACGUUGCCGAGGGUGCUUUCUUUGUACGGGGUGUCACGGAAGUUGCUAUCGAAGGUGCAUCCUAGGAGGUGUUGGUGAUUUAUUUUAUGUCGAAA